AUCGGUCGUAAGCUAACCCCAAUCCAUGAACCAUAUACUCACGGAAGGUUACGGAGGUUCAUCGGAAAAGGUACGUCGGCGACUCCGACAUGGUCGACUUCAAUAAAGCUUAGAAAUAUGGGUACCAUCAUGAAAAGGGAAAUCUUAGGAGCACCCUGGUUUUGCGGAAUCGAAUUUCGACGUUGGACGAGGGAGAUACAAGCCUCGAAAGUUUGGGAUGCAAAUCGGAUAGUUGAGGAACCGUCGACGCCUAUGAAAUCGUUGGAUCGAGGAGAAUUUAAUGGAAGAGAGUCAUGGAAUUUUUAGAGCGGAUUCAGAGUCGUUUUCGAGGAAUUUGAGGUUGAGGAAGGGUUAGCAGAGGUGGAUCCCGAGAAGGAGCAAGGCAAGGCGAGCAGCCACACCAACAUUGACGAGAUGUCAAGGAGCUAAGCGAGGAGUUAUAGUUUGUUUAGUCAGUUGUGUUUAUGAUUAUGAGUAUAACUGGAGAUUCAAAGGUUGAGGUUUAUUAACUAUGCAUUUGAGUUUUGCCCACGUGUUUAGAGCAUUGCAUUUGACGUUUUCCUUGGGA